GCUGUGGUUGUAAGUAUGGUAGAAUUAAUAUGAGAAGCACGUUUUCCAUCAUUUUGACUGUGACAAAAUUUCACAUCAUUAUUUUUGUCCGCCUGCAAAUGGAAUUAGUUGAUGAAAUACAGAUGUGACUGUGAAUAAUAUUGUCUAUUCAAAAGACAUAUAAAUGAGACCCCCAGAGAUGCAUAGCUACUGAAGAUCAGGGUGUGUGUGUGUGUGUGUGUGUGUGUGUGUGUGUGUGUGUGUGUGUGUUUUGUGUGUGGAGGAGAGCAGACCAGAUGGUCACAGUCUUCUUCAGAUCCAUCUUCAGAUUUUUCCAUCUCGACUGAGACUCUGUUCUGUUUUCUCAUUUUCCUUGUAUUGGUUGCUUUCCUCAUGGCCUGGCUGAUCUACACCUCUCUGGAGCUAGUCAUUGCCGUGGCUUGCUGCCUGGGGAACGUGCUGGUGGUUUGGGCCGUGUGUUUGACACGGACUUUCCGUCAGCCUACCUUCUGUUUUGUGGCAUCUCUAGCUGUGGCAGAUUUCCUGGUGGGUUCGGUGGCAGUGCCACUGGCUGUGUUGGUGGAUGGGUGGGUGGAGAUCCCAUUCCAGGCCUGUCUGGCGGUCAGUUGUGUAGUGUUGGUGCUGACCCAAGCGUCUGUGUUGUCUCUUUUGGCUAUUGCUGUGGACCGGUACCUGCGGGUAUCAAUACCUCUCAGGUACAAAGAGAUCGCCAGCCAGAAGCGCUCAUGGGCUGCGGUAGUCCUGUGCUGGUUGAUAUCCUGUCUGCUGGGUUUCACCCCGCUCUUUGGUUGGCACAACGGCCAUUCCCUAUCCUCCCCUGUCCUUAACUCUUCCCAUAUCAACUGCACCUUCUUAGCAGUCAUCUCGCUGCCCUAUAUGGUCUACUUCAACUACCUGGGCUGCAUCCUGCUCCCCUUGGCAGCCAUGACUCUUCUUUACGCUCUGGUCUUCUACAGUCUCCGCAAACGCCUCCGGAGGGAAGAUGAGACUUCGGCGGUCGGUGGAUCUAAACUAAGGGCUUUUCUAAUCAAGGAGAAGAGGCUGGCACGUUCUCUGGCUCUGGUUCUCCUGCUGUUUGCAGCAUGUUGGAUGCCUCUGCAUCUCAUGAAUUGUGUGCUGCUUUCAACAGGCCCACAAGGCGUCCCACAGAUCGCUUUCUACGCAGGAAUACUCCUCUCUCAUGCCAACUCGGCGGUGAACCCUGUGGUCUACGCCUUUCGGAUCACAAAGAUCAGGGAGGCCUACCUGGAGAUCUGGAGACGGUAUGUUCUCUGCUGGAGAAGACAAAGAGACGUAUCAAGUUCCUUGUGGAGAUCCCAGCCUGGAGAACAGAAUGCUGGGCAUCAAACUAAAUCGAAUCCAUUGGGUCAUGAAUCAGGCAACUAAACUUCACUGUGUAAUAUAUUUCUGAAUAGAUCUCUGAAUGACGGCAGGGAUCCGGGCUAACUUUUCUUACUAGGAGCACUGUAGCCCCUUACUUUAAGAGCACAAGCAGAAGAUUUAUGGGCAAAUCCUUAAUUGGUCCUUCGUGGACACUAGAGGGCACCCAUAGGAAAUUAAUGGGUGAAACUAUAAUUCAGAUAAUUUUUUUUUAUUUAUUAUUAUUUGUCCAAUAAAAAACAAUAAUUCCAACACAAUGGAAUCAAAGUGAGGUUAGUCUUGUUAGGUAUAUUGUUAGGUUUAUUGUACAUGUGUGGUUUAUUCUUACCUGUUUGGUAGCAUUUAUUUUUUUGAGUUAUUGAAAUUUGAUGGUUUUAGUUAGAAAUAAAUGAAUACUCUGUCUCCUA